UUUAUAUUUCAAAAUUUCAUGAGAAAUUUACAAUAUCUUACUGGUGCUAAAUACAAGCGAUAAAAUGCAAAGUGUUUUAUCCAGCAUUUCACUAAUUUUACUCGUGAUAACAAGUUGCUGUGAGUCCUCACGAAGGGCGAGGACCAACCGUCAAAAUGAAGUCCCUCCAUACGCUGGCCUUUCCGAAUACCAUUCUGACUUCUACGACACAGUAUUUGGGCCAAGGUCGGACUAUUUGCAUUCCAGAGUGAAACGAUCAAUUCCACAUUGCACGACGGCGGAUGGGUGCAUCAAAGACGUCCUGAAACUGCCGGAAGGUUAUAAUUUUUUCGACAUCCCAUUCCCACCAAGUAGUGGGGACAAGCAGGAACCCAUAAAUGUCACCAUGAAAGCCAGAGUAGAGUCAAUUCGUGAAAUUAACGAAGUAAAAGAGGAGAUAACCUUGGACAUGGAGAUCACUUUGGGGUGGACAGAUUGGAAAAUCUUGGCUCAUCGGAAAAAUCUGACCAAGGACCAAGUCAUUCAAUUCAUUGCAGAAGGAAAGCAUUUAGAUAGAUUAGGAAACUUGGUCACAAUUAAUAAUCCAGAAUAUCUCAAAUCUAUCUGGAAACCAAAUUUAUACAUCUACAACCUCAUAGAAAAAACUCAACCUAGACUCAUGACGGAUUUAAUUACGUUGAAAUUUGAUCCAGAUGGAGGGUUCCUGUACUAUUUAACCCGAGUUCUCUUGAAGCUCUCAUGCCCCAUGAAAUUUCACUAUUUUCCGGCAGACACACAAACCUGUGAAUUUUUAAUUCGUGGAUUUUCAUACAACGAAAACCUCCUAAAUUUGCAAUGGUAUAAAGGACCUUAUCUAGCAGACCGGGACGAAUCAAAUUUUGACGUACAGUUAUCAGGAUACGAAUUUCGGAAAUUGAAACGUCGAGCCGAGAUUUACAACGGAUUGAGUUUUAAACUUAGUCUCCGACGCCGACUCAGUUACCACAUGGUGCAAACGUAUAUUCCAUCUUCGUUUUUUAUCCUGAUCACUUGGCUCUGUUUUUUAAUCCCUUCGACCAUGGUGGAAGCGAGGAUUGGAAUUUCGAUGACAACGCUCCUCACGCUGACUGCCAUGUUCGCCUCUGUCAGAGAGACCUCGCCAAUUAGUUCAUAUGUCAAGGCGUUAGAUGUCUGGAUGGUUUCGUGUAUUUUUUCGGUUUUCCUGACGCUACUUGAGUUUUCAAUCCUGGCAUGGAAUGACGAGAAGGAAAAGAAGAGAAAAAAAGCUCAGAAAGCAGGUAGAAAAUCGGGGAUUCGUGCCGAAGCGAUAGAACUCUCAGAACUGAUGUAUAAUAAAGCGGAUCCACUAAUCAAAGACAAUUUUGCUGACCUGGACGACGAUGAAGAAGAAAAAGAUAAAUUUAAAACGUAUUCUGAAAUAAUUGAAAAGUAUGCUUUCUUUACCUUUUUAUGCUUGUUCAUUUUCUAUAAUGCGGGGUAUUGGACCUGGUUAUUUAAAAGUUCAGGGUUUUAUGAUUGGGGUGCAGUUGACACAACACUAAAUGUUGGCGAUAAUGAGGGUGAGACCGAGUUGUGAAGUAAAAUCGGCAAAACAGUUGAAUGUCGCAGAAUAUCUUAACUCCAGGAAAAAUCAAAGCAAAUUGUAACAUUUACUCAAACUUAAUUGCAUAAUAUGGCUGCUUUUAUUUUUAAACAAAUAUCUAUGUAUGUAUCUAUCGGUCUAUCAUCUGUACGUAUGUUUAUAUUUAGCGAAUUAAAAAGUGAUCGUGUGCCUAGCUGAUCCCGACUUUUUUUUUACUUUAUCAUAAUUGUCUCGUAAAUAACUCGUCUUGUCGCUGGAAGACGGAAAUAUGAUCCUGUAGCGGAAACGAUAAAAUCUGAUUUAAAAUGGUUGUUUCCGACAGAAAUGUGUUCUUAUAAAACAUUGUGUAUCAUGUUUAAAAUAAUUCGAUUAAAUGGUGUUCCUUAUUUUGCGGGAAAAUUUGUAAAACAAAGCGAGAUUCACAAUUAUGCAACUAGAGGUGCUAUAAAUAAUUAUCGAAGCGGUAUGAAACCGAAAACUGAAUUUGGUAGAAAAUCGUUUAAUUUUAGAGCAAUAUGUUUAUGGAAUGAGUUAUCUGAUGAGGUAAAGAACGAAAUGUGUUAUACGAGUUUUAAAGAGAAGCUGAAAGAUUAUUUGUUAAAAUUAUAACUAAUUACUCGAUUUGUACUGCAUUAUAUUAUUAAAUUAUGUGACGAAACUAUGAACUAUAAAGCAUGAUAUGUUGUAGAAAUGUAUAAGGUCAAGUAUUUCCCACUUGAUGGGGUUUGAUCUUAUUUUGCUAAAAAUGUAAUGGACUGAUUUUGCGUGAACAAAUAAAUCCUCAUUAUUAUUAAUGUUGAAAACAUG